CACCGGCCAGGCUAGUCGGCAGUGAUCGAUCGCAUCAUUGCCGCUUCUCCGAACCCACCAUGCCCAGGUACGUCAUUGGAAAAGGUCCGGUUUCGCCUCGCCACGGCUUUUCCUCGUCCUCCCCGAAGAUAUUUCACCAGGGGCAUAUCCGCCUGUCUGGGCCGUCGCCAUCUGUACAUCAUCGUCUUAUCGAUCCGUCCACUAAAUCUCAGCCAUAAUGUCCACCGAUGCCACGACGAGAAAGAUUGUCUGUUUCUCAGACUUCGACGGGACCAUCUUUAUGCAAGAUUCGGGCCAUGUGCUCUUCGACAACCUGGGAUGCGGCGCCAAGCGCCGCCAACUCCUCGACGAGCAGAUCAAAUCUGGCGAGCGCUCGUUCCGCGAAGUGUCCGAGGAGAUGUGGGGGUCAUUACGGGUUCCCUUCGAGGAUGGCUUCGACCUGAUGGAGGAGCAGAUGGACAUUGAUCCGGGCUUUCAGGAGUUUCACAAGUUCUGUAUUGAGAACGACAUUGUCUUCAAUGUCAUCAGUGCAGGGCUGAAGCCGGUCUUGCGUAAAGUGCUGGACACUUUCCUCGGAGAGCAAGAGGCGUCGCGCAUUCAAAUCGUCGCCAACGACGCGGAAAUCAAAUCCGACGGGUCGGAAUGGAAGCCAAUCUGGAGACAUGAAACGGAACUGGGCCACGACAAGGCGCUGUCCAUUCAGGAGGGUCGCGCACAGGCAGCCGAAGAAGCCCUGGAAGGCGAGGUUCCUUUGAUUAUCUUCAUCGGCGACGGCGUGUCGGACCUUCCGGCUGCCCGCGAAGCAGACGUCCUCUUCGCGCGCAAGGGACUGCGACUGGAGCAAUAUUGCAUUGAGCACAAGAUCCCGUACAUUGGCUUUGAUUCGUUUUCCGACGUCAAGCGAGAUGUCCAGGCCAUCAUAAAGGAGGAUCAGCAGAAGACCGGAGGCGUGGGCAAACCCGCCCGAUUCAACCCCCGUGCCAAUAUGUGGCGACGGAUUUCGAGCAAGCAGGCUAUUCCCAAAUUUGUCGCGGCGACGCCAUCAAAGGAGGACAAGAUAUUCCUGUGGCCUGAGAGCUUUUCCGAAUACCAACCCAGGGGUACGGAGAAUAUCCGGGCGUGAAAGUAAGCGUAAUGAGAUGGAUGAUUCAUUUUCAGGCGUUUGGGGGAGCGGGCUGGAUACAUAGAUUUAGAUGUGUUCAAUGAAUGUAUAGGCUUUCAGAUGACUUUUUGUGUGCAGCGGACCAGGG